GAGGAUGAUGGCCAGGCCAAGGUCACCUGCACUCGCUUUGAUGUCGUGCCAGGGUCGAGUGCGUGGACUGGUGGUGCUAUGGAUGGUUCAAGUUGACGGGCAGCCAAGAUAUCGCGACUGGCAAAUUGAGGUGUCUAGUCGUGCGCCUUGUGUUCGUCCUGACUUCUUGGGACGAACCUGUAACGCGCACACUCCCGGUGCUCUGGAUCUUGAUGGGCCCCAAUGCGAUACUAUCGAGUCCAGUGGGAGAUGGGAGCAUGGAACCGGACCUGAGAUACCGAGACAGCCCAAAGACAGAUCGAGAAAAAAGCGUCAGUUGCGGGGAUUCGACAGAUACCACUCCAAGUUUCUAAUUCCUACUGGGCAGACGCGCGAUGCUCCCCAGCACUGUGAGGGGAAGAAGGCAUGCAUGUGCAGACGACGUGAGGUCUUGGAGGAGCCAGAGGGCUAUGCGGACUGCGGAGGUGCUGAAAAUGCGGUGGACCAGCAUAUCGAGACGGCCUCUUACUGGCUGGACGCACGCUGGCUGUAUGCGGAGCUUUUCCUGUUGUGGUGCCCUUGCCAGGCCCCGGCUCAUGCCAUCAAAUGA